UCGAAGUUGUAGCGAAGUUUUGGUUGUAAUCGCACACCAAAAGUCCUACAAGUCGCCAGUUCCAUUAACUUGACAUUAAGCCCAGCAAAUCCUUUCUUCGAGAUGCGUUUGCUGAUCCUCAGCCUGUUGGCAUUGGCAUUGGAUGCCCAGGGCCAUUCCAUUAGCUACAGGAACAAUCUGUUGGCCUAUGCGCCGGCACGCGGUGAGUUUCCGGUUCAGGGAGAUGUGGCCCAGGGUUAUCUGAGUUACGUGGACAAUACAGGAGCAGAGCGUCUGGUGGGAUUCAGCUAUCCGGAACCACUGUACGGCAUGCACAGCAGCAGCUUUGACAACAUCGAGACCCUUCGUGCCUGGUGCGAACAGCAAUACAAUGCUCUGAGGAUUGAGCUGGAGCGUCUGCGUGCCGAGGGCAAACAACCCUCCGCCAAUAUACUGGCCAAGUUCGAACCCCUGCAGCAGCUGAGCCAGUCAAAUGCCUUUGAGCCCGUGUCUGGCUGGAGUCCGGCAGUGCAGCUAGCUCGAGAUGAGCAACUGCGCAUCUGGAAAGCGAAUCACCUCCAAAUCAAGCAAAGUUUUCCCCUGGCGACUCCGCAGCCUGUGCAGGAAACAGACGAAGUGUCGCGAGCCCGUGAGGAGCACUUGAAGCGUUUUAAUCAAGCUCUGCAGGCACAAAUCAGGACGCUAGUCGAAGCACCGCUUCUCAAGGCUAACAUCGAACCACAGCAGAGCGUUCCACAGACUCCACAGUUACCACAGCCCGUGGAGGAGACGCCCGAAGUGAAACGCGCUCGUGAGGAGCAUCUCCGGCAGUACAACGAAGAGCUGCAGCGUCAAUCUGUGCCACAGCCCACAGCCGAGCUGAAGAUCGUGAAGAGUGAAGCUCCGUUGCCCAUGGCCAUUAAGGCAGUUGAACCCAUUGCUCCACUGCCUGCGGUGACCAUUAAGAGUUCGAACCCUGUUCCGGUACCAAUCGAAAAGGCGCAGAGCAAACAUGAUCAGAGGAUUCAGCAGCUCAGUCAAUCCAAGAUUCAAGCCGAAGACAAAGUGGCCGAUAUUGAAGACCUGAUUCGCAUCGAGCAAAUGGAAGAGGAACGGGAACGCAACCGUGAGCAGCAACUGCGACGCGAGGAAGAAAAGCAAGCUGAAUUGGAACGGGAACGAGAACAGCUCCGACUGAUGGAGGAGAAACAGUUACUGGAAGCCGAGCGCAUUUCCCUGCUGCAGCAGGAACAGCAGCGCAUUGAAAGUGAGCGUCUGCUGGAGUCAAAGCGUCUCCAGGCCGAGCAACAGCUCAUCCUCAGCGCUGACAAGCCAACCGCAGAGCCGAGCAGCAGCUACAAAUUGAUUGCCCCAACGCCAGUGAAGCCUCAGCCUCAACCCCAACUAAUAUCCCAGCAGCAACAGGUGCAGAACGGUUUCUUCCUGCGCAUCCAAUCUGGACAGCCCAGUUCGGAGCCCAUUUCCGAAGGCAUACAGAGUCAGAAUCCCUUUCUCAUUCGCUACAUUCAGCAGCCACAGCCGCAGGCGCAGGCGCAAGUGAAGAUCUCCUCCAGCAUCGCUGCCAGCUCCCCUUCCAGUUCCGCUUACCUUUCCAGCUCCAAUUCAGUACCCGCUGGUCUCAGUGAACUGGAGAAGGCGACUCGGGAGCACUUUAAGGCGCAUGAGAUUGCUCUGGAGCAGCUGCGUCUGGCCAAUCUGAAGAAUCCCGAAGCGAAUCCGAUUCCCUGCUGAUGCGGAAACUCACCGACACACACACGCACACACACGCGCACACACAACGUUUAGUAUUUGCACAAUUCAUCAAAAUUCGAAUCCAAUUCAUAUGCAUUCAUUACUUUACUAUACAUAGGCUUAAAUACUCGUACUCAUUCACGUUCACACUCAUACUCAUACUCGUUCACACUCAUACUCGUACACCUGUAGCGAUUAAGCGAUUCAUGAAUAUCAGUUUUAAAUGCAUUCAGUUGAGAAACAACGCAAAAAGCCAAGUAAAUUAUCAUUGUAUCUCUU